GACGACUUCAUUUCUUUCAUGAUGGCCUGGCGGAAAAGACAGUUGUAUCGCCCCAAGCCUUGCACUGCGGACGCGGAUCAUCACAAUCAGUAGCACUAGCUUUGCCACCACCUGUCCGCUACCAAUCUUGAAAUGGCUCAUUCAGUCUCAUGAGAUUCUGUCAAAUUUAUUUCACUUGCUGCCCGUCAAGACUCGUAUACAUCAAGACUGCUUGGAUCAACUAUCUCCGGGAGUUGGUUUUCUAGAGAUAGCCUCGCACUUCUCGAGUCUUUGUCUUGGCCAAGCCAGAGGCCGUCGACCUUGAUUUCGGCCGCCGCUUCUCUUCACCACUUCUCAAUUACCCUGCGUCAACAUUAUCAACACCCUCGUUUACAUCAUGAUGACCACGGACAGCGCCGGCGCCUCUGCAGCGCCGAGUAGAUCCCAGGCUGUCGCAGAGGCCGCAUCCUCCCGCGUCGUCCCCAAGCCAGUCCCGCAGCGUCAAAAACAGGACCCCAGGGAAUACCAGCUAGGGCAGUUGAGACGCCGCUUCUCGCCCAAGGAAUCCUCCCUGGCCAGUGGUGUCACGUGCCUGGCCCUGACGAUAACCCCCUCGGACCCCGACUUUCCCUUUGAUCUCGGCCGGGGCUUGGAGGUCGAGAUAAAAGUCCCAGCCUCGUACCCGAAAGCACCUCCAACCCUUUCGGUAAAGCACAGCGACAUGCCUCGGGGGAUCGCGAUAAAUGUCGAGCGUGGCUGGGAUCAGCUCGUCUCGGAGAGGCGGGGGUCUACCCUUCUUUCCCUGACCAACGCUCUGGACAAGCAUCUGGAGUCGUUUCUCUCGGAGAAGGCUGCCAAGACUGUCAAGAUGACCAUAUUCAAGGACACGAGGCACAUCGAGGCACUUCAAGCCAACCCAGACCCGGAACCGGUCCAGGAGCCGGUGCCGCAGCAAGCACCGCAGCACCAGAGGCCAGUGUACGUUCCAGAGGAGACCUUCACCAAAGACCAAAUUGCCGAGGCCAAGGCGCGGCGCGCCCUGGAAACGCGACAGAUAGAGUCUCGCAUGGGACGACUGCCCUCGUACCAAAAGUCCAGCGACGGCGUCGUAUACACGCUACCCCUCGAGCCGAAGCGGCGCACGGAGCUGCCGCCCGUCCUGCAGGCCGUCAGGUCCAUGCAGCUCAUAAUACCCCUUUUGUAUCCACUGCAGAAGAUGCGAGUGCUGCUCAACGAUGUGGACUCUGAGGAUGCCGAGAUAUUGGAGGAGCUUUUCGCACAAAAGGCAGCCGAGCAGCGGCAUAUGAACCUGAUGAGCCUCAUCAACUACCUGACACAGAGCCUCCACCUCUUGGCCAGACAAGCCCAACAGCAGAAAAAGACACUCGAGGCCUCUCGGGCUUCGGAAACGAUCAAUUCGGCGGACCGAGGAAAACAGGUGGAAGGAAAAGCGGCCGCCCACUCUGCAUCUGUAGACGACGUCAAGAGCCAUAUUCACGUCAUCCCCCGUCCCCCGGAGUGGUCUCGUGGGCACGGGGACGACUUUGAGUCCUCGGGCUCGGACGACGACCCGUAUGAUUCUGACGACGACGACGACGAGGGAGGUGGAGGCGCUGCGCUCGGCCAACCCGGCAGCCUCUCGGUAUCAGCCGCUGGACAGACGCCCGAAAAGGGGGUGGCCAUCACGUUUCCUUCGGUCGAGCUCUACGGGGUCGAGCUCCUCCAGAUAAGCCUGCUGAGCAUCAGCGUCAAGUGCCAGCGGUGCAAGAUGGCCAACGACGUGGGCGGCAUCAGCCCGGGGGUCGAGAAGGGCGUCGGCUGCAGGAAGUGCGCGGCCGACAUGACGGUCACCUUCCGGCCGGAGCUGGUGCACCAGGGGUCCGCCAGGGCGGGCUUCCUCGACCUGGCCGGCUGCACGGCCUCUGACCUGCUCCCCAGCACCUUCACGCCCACGUGCGACAAGUGCUCGACCCCGACGGCCCAGGGCCUCGUCUCGGUGCGCGGCGAGACGACGACCAACGUCUGCCGCGAGUGCCACGGCCGCUUCACCUUCAAGAUCCCCGACGUCCGCUUCCAGACAUACACCCCGGCCCACGCCCUCGCCGCGCCCGGGGCGGCGGCGGGAGGAGGAGGGCCACGACGCAGGGCCGAGAAGCUGGGCCUGCGGGCGGGCGAGCCGCUCCCCGCGCGCGGCGCCUGCGAGCACUACCGCAAGAGCUACCGCUGGUUCCGCUUCAGCUGCUGCGACCGCGUCUUCCCCUGCGACCGGUGCCACGACGCCGACGCCGACGCCGGCGACGGGGGGCACGUCCACGAGUGGGCGGCCCGCAUGGUCUGCGGGCACUGCUCGCGCGAGCAAAACUACCGGCCAGAGAGUUGUCUGUACUGCGGGCGCUCCGUCGUCGGCCGCAAGGGGUCCGGCUUCUGGGAGGGCGGCAAGGGCACACGCGACCGGGUGCUGAUGCGGAAGGGCGACAAGCGCAAGUACCGGCGCGUCGGGGGCGAUGCCAAGGCUACGUAAGGUGUGGGCGGUUGUCGUUGCGUGUAUUGGCGGCGCUCUCUGGCCGUCGUUGGUGGCGCUGCUGAAGCCCUCCAUACCACAGCCACUGCUACGCCCCCAAGACUCGGCGGUAUAGCGGUGCUUAGACAGACAGAUAUGGGUUUAUUUUGAAACGCGCUGCUCAAGUUUGUUGGCACGUUGUAUUCAGCUUCCGAGAGAGAGAGAGAGAGAGAGAGAGAGAGAGAGAGAGAGAG